GCCAAUCGGGAUGCUAGGAUUGCCGGUCCCUGCGGCUCUGAUUGGUGCAUUCGACUAGGGUGCCCGGGUUCAAAUUUUCAACGGUACGAGUCCCGCGGCGGGCUUGCGGGAGCUUGGUCGUCAGAGCUGAGGCGAGGAGAGACCCGGCGAGCUGAGAAGGUAACCCAUUGGGAAAAGUGAUACAAAUACUGGGAAAAAUCUGCUGGUCUGCACUAAGGAAAAUGUCACAAGUUCAAAGUUCUUAUACCUUUGAUGCUCCCACGGACUUCAUCAAUUUUACAUCUUUGAAUGAUGAAGAAGAUAGCGAAAAUGUAGAUUUGUGGUUUGAGGAGAAGGCCAAUUUGGAGAAUAAAUUUCCUGGGAAGAAUGGGACAGGAGAGCUUUUGCAUGGCAAAACUACUCUGAGGAAAGCUAAUCUUCAGCAAGCUGGUGUCACACCUCUGAGACAAGUUGAUAACACUUAUUACAAAGAGGCAGAAAAAGAAAAUAUUGUGGAACAGUCUUUGCCUUCAAAUGCUUAUUCUUCCCUGGAAGUGGAGGGAGUAAUAUUGAAAAAUACUCCAGCUCAACCUCAAAGAAGAUCUGUUAGACUCUCUGCUCAGAAGGAUUUGGAACAGAAAGAAAAAUGCCAUGUAAACAUGAAAGCUAAGAGAUGUGCCACUCCUGGAAUCAUUAGUGACAUUCCACCUUCCAAAAAAAUGAAAGUUUCUAAUAAUAAGAAGAAAUCAGAGGAAGAAGGCAGUGCUCGUAAAGAUAUUUCUGGCAAGAAUGAAUCUUCUCCAGAAAAAGCUAAAGGUAGCAGACACACUGUAGCUUGUGUACCACCUGUAAGACAGAAGGUUUUGAAAAGUACUGAGGAGCAAGAGUUGGAGAAGAGAAUGAAAAUGCAACAGGAAGUGGUGGAGAUGCGGAAAAAGAAUGAAGAAUUCAAGAAGCUUGCCCUUGCAGGAGCAGGGCAACCUGUGAAAAAAUCAGUGAGCCAGGUAACCAAAUCGGUUGACUUCCACUUUCGCACGGAUGAGCGAAUCAAACAACACCCAAAGAACCAGGAGGAAUAUAAGGAAGUGAACUUUACAUCUGAACUGCGAAAGCAUCCUCCAUCUCCGGCUCGAGUGACUAGGGGCUGUACCAUUAUUAAGCCUUUCAACCUGUCCCAAGGAAAGAAAAGAACAUUUGAUGAAGCGGCUUCUACAUAUGUGCCUCUUGCACAGCAGGUGGAAGCCUUCCAUAAACGAACCCCUAACAGAUACCAUUUGAGGAGCAAGAAAGAGGAUAUUAACCUGUUACCCUCUAAAUCUUCUGUGACCAAGCUAUCCAGAGACCCACAGACUCCUGUACUACAAACCAAACAUCGAGCAAGGCCUGUGACCUACAAAAGUGCAGCAGACCAGGAGGCUGAGGAGCUUGAGAAACUACAACAGUACAAAUUCAAAGCUCGGGAACUUGAUCCCAGAAUUCUUGAAGGUGGCCCCAUCUUGCCCAAGAAACCACCUGUGAAACCAUCCACUCAGCCUAUUGGCUUUGAUUUGGAAAUUGAGAAAAGAAUCCAGGAGCGAGAAUCAAGGAAGAAAUUAGAGGAUGAACACUUUGAAUUUCAUUCCAGACCUUGCCCAACUAAGAUAUUGGAAGAUGUUGUGGGUGUUCCUGAAAAGAAGGUACUUCCAAUCACUGUCCCCAGGUCUCCAGCCUUCGCACUUAAAAACAGAAUCCGAAUGCCUACUAAAGAAGAUGAGGAAGAAGAUGAACCAGUGUUGAUAAAAGCUCAACCUGUGCCACAUUAUGGAGUGCCUUUUAAGCCCCAAAUCCCAGAGGCAAGAACUGUGGAAGUAUGCCCUUUCUCCUUCGACUCUCGGGACAAAGAACGUCAGUUACAGAAGGAGAAGAAAAUAAAAGAGCUGCAGAAAGGAGAAGUGCCCAAGUUCAAGGCACUUCCCUUACCUCAUUUUGACACCAUUAACCUACCAGAAAAGAAGGUAAAGAAUGUGACGCAGAUUGAGCCUUUCUGCUUGGAGACUGACAGAAGAGGUGCUCUGAAGGCACAGACUUGGAAGCAUCAGUUGGAGGAAGAACUGAAACAACAGAAGGAAGCAGCUUGCUUCAAGGCUCGUCCAAACACUGUCAUCUCACAGGAGCCCUUUGUUCCCAAGAAAGAGAAAAAAUCAGUUGCUGAGGGCCUUUCUGGUUCUCUAGUUCAGGAACCUUUUCAGCUGGCCACUGAGAAGAGAGCCAAGGAGCGGCAAGAGCUGGAGAAGAGAAUGGCUGAAGUAGAAGCCCAGAAAUUCCAGCAGUUGGAGGAGGCCAGGCAACAGGAAGAAGAGCAGAAGAAGGAGGAACUAGCUAGGCUCCGGAAAGAACUGGUGCACAAAGCAAAUCCAAUACGCAAGUAUCAGGGUGUGGAAGUAAAGUCAAGUGACCAACCUCUGACUGUGCCUGUAUCUCCCAAGUUCUCCACUCGAUUCCACUGCUAAACUCAGCUGUGACCUGCAGAUACUGCCUGGCAGCUGGAGCUGCUUUUAACGUCAAACCAGGAGCCUUCUUCCUUGUCGCUGGGAGUGGAGAGAACCGAUUUCUCCAGUCUUUUCAGCUACUCGUGUCAGACAGAAUGUACUUGACAACUAUGGGCUCAAGUUUUGUUGAGAGUUGUUUUUUUUUUUGAGGCUAAUAAUGAGACUCAAUUCAUGUAUGCCUUGAUUAGACUCCAUGUAGUUAUUUCCUUUAUACCAUCAGUUGACCUUUAAUAUGUGUCUUAACUCUGGCUAGAAUUUCAAGUCUCUGUGAUAGCACAGUGCAGUCUUUAUUCCCAUUGCCCCCUUCUGCCUUUCUUAUAUAUAUAUAUUAUUAUUAUUAUUUUUAAAUCAGAAAAUAAAGAUAGUUAAAUCCUGAGAUAGGGUUUAAGUCCUGGUUUCAAUGAGGAGCAAAUGCUACUUCAGAUUCUUUCCUCCUCUCUGCACAAAUGAGUUUGUAGUUAAGAAGCCCUGUGCUAUAAGGGUGAAAACCUCAUUAACUGCAUCACUGAGGAAGAAGAUGGCGUGAACGCAUGGGAACCUCACAGCAACCAUUUGGCAAGCUUUGGGCAGAGCUGGUUUUAAGGUAUCUUCUUCCCUUAUCUGUGCUGAGAAUUACAGAGAGCAGUGCAGUGUGCAUUUUAAAACCUGGCAUGUAAUAAAUACUUUUCGUCUUC